ACCAUAAGUAGGCGUUGGAACUUCAUUCCUUAAAUUUACAGCAAUCCGGUUGUUUGUGUUCUCACAUUUCUUUCCCCAAAACAAAAAAAGCAAGAUGUCUGAGCGCAAGGCUGUUGUGAAGAAUGCUGACAUGUCUGAAGAUAUGCAGCAGGAUGCCAUUGAGUGUGCCUCCCAGGCAAUGGAAAGGUUCAACAUCGAGAAGGACAUCGCCGCUUACAUCAAGAAGGAGUUCGACAAGAAAUACAACCCAACUUGGCAUUGCAUUGUGGGGAGGAACUUCGGAAGUUACGUCACACACGAGACGAAACACUUCAUCUACUUCUACCAGGGACAAGUUGCCGUUCUCCUCUUCAAAUCCGGAUAGACACGACCGACACCUAUACUCUGAGCCGGAACUACAAAAGCAACAACAAAAUAUCGUGCAUCACAUCUUAUGGAAAAGUUCGACGAGUUACAACUUGUUUAGAUCUCCGCAAUCGGGUUCUUGAAGUAUGAACAGCUGAUCACUUGCCGAUCUCGAACUUUAUCUAGUCACAUCUCACAUCGCGCCAUCUAUCGGUACAGGAAGUGCAAAAUGAUGACGUAUGAACGCUGCGUAUACGUCCAACAAUUGACACUGUGCGCAGUCAAUGAUUCACGCCGAGCCAUAGUUGCCUCAAAUGUCAAUGCAACUCUGUAAAUGUUAUUUAAAAUCUGUUCGUGUAUAGAUGUUAUCUUUAUUAAAUAAAUACCAGUCCGGUAAAUUAUUUUUC